AUGGAUAGAAUUGUCAGCCUCCCAGGCCAGCCCAACAAUCCCACGAAAGUGACUCUUGUUGAGAGCAGCGCAGCUCCGGGUGGACUGGAACUUGUCAGCUCUUACGAGACCAAUAGAGUGGGGGACCCUAUGGAUCUCGUUGCAUUAGCAACUCAACUGCAGAAGGGAGAUGAUUUUAUUAAAGCCAAUGCUUGCAACAAACUGUCGGUAAUUGCUGACCAGAUCAGAUAUCUACAAGAAGUAGCAAAAAAGGUCUUAGAAGAUGCUAAAAGAGAUGCUGACCUCCACCAUGCUGCUUGCAACAUUGUGAAGAAGACCGGAAACAUGUAUUACCUCUACCAACGACCAUCUGGACAAAAAUAUUUUUCCAUCAUUUCUCCUAAGGAAUGGGGCCCAAGUUGUCCUCACCUGUUUGUUGGCGCAUUCAAACUCCAACACGACAUGUCCUGGACUCCUGAAGAAGAUGUGGAAAAAAGGGAUGCAGACAUAGCAAUGAUGGACAAGUUACUCACCCAGCAGACAACUUCACCAUCUGGCAUGGAACCCAAUUUCAAGGGCCUUACUAAUUAA